AUGCCGAAUAAUUUGAUAUUUUUCGUACCCUACCAUACAGGUUAUGCUCAUGUCGAAUUGAUUCAUUCGUUUGCUUCGUUUGCCGACGUUCAUCUCUUCGUUUAUAAAUGGAAUCCUGCUCAACAAAUUGUCCGAGACUACUUUUCACGGUCAACUAAUGUUAAAGUUCAUGAAUUUGGUAUCGAUACUAUUCUUGCAGAAUUAGUCAAACAACAGCAACAACAACAUCGAGUUGUUGUUCUACUCACUGCUUCAAUGAACUACUCGCUCGGGCAAUUACAAUUUCGUUUCUUUUGUGCUAUACAAAAAAAUGCACCUUCAAUUAUCGAUGUUUAUUCCACCGGACACUGCAUGUAUGGAUGUCAAAGUUGUUCUCAUGCACAUUCACAUCGACUACCGAUUACGUUCACGAAUUAUAUGCGUACAAAAUGUCUAUCGUCUAUUAACGUCGAUAGAAGUGCUGAUAUUAUCAUCUGUCCGAGUUUUUCAUCUGAAUCUGCUCCAUAUAGUCUUCUAUCCAACAAAGAAAUUGUCGAGAAAAUCGUUGCUUUCACAUUUCCACAUGCCAUUAAACUGCAUCCGCUUACGUUCCAAAACAGAAACGAGGACAAUCCAAUGCUAUCACUAAGCAAAUUGGAACAGGAACACAUCGAUCGUUUUCAUACAUCGAAAAGUAUUUUACCGAAUUCGCAAACGAAUACAUUGAAAUUAAUCGAACGUGCUCGAGUGCUUAUUUGCGAUUCCGAUUCGUCGAUUCCAUUUGAAGCACUUUAUUUCAACGAUCAUAAACAUAUUUUAGUUUACGAAGUAGCAGAAAAACAUAAUGUUAAAGACGAUCGACAAAAGUAUUUUCAUACGUUUCACAAUGUUCAGCAAUUGACCAAUUUACUCGAACGCUAUUUUGCCGGUGAACUUGAAUGUAAAACAGAAAAUAGUCAUCAGUUUUUCUUAGAAAAAUACGAAGAACCCGACGGAAAAGAAAUAGAACGACUGGCCGAUGUACGACAAUGGUUGAUGCGGCAACUUGAUCUUGAUCAAAAUUUCGACGCCGAAAAAGUCAAACAAGGAGUGAAAGAUCAAUUUCAAUCAUCCUUAACACAGAUGACUCUUUAUGCAUUAGGUGAACAUACAACUGCUCAAAUUCAUGAACUCUGCUAUGGCGAUACCGAUGACGUAUUCCACACUUUGUUGGAGAACAUAGCUGAACUCUAA